AUGAGGCUCUAUACGCUUCGGGAUUUCUCCCAGACUACCGACGAUGCCGAAAGCUGUUCAUGCCGUGAACAGCGCCUUCAAACGCUUAGAUGGAAUUUGGUUGCUGAUAAUGCACAGCGUAUUAAUUCUGAUCUAUCCAGAAUUGAAUACAAUUCGCCACGACAAAUGUGGGCACGUUCUUACCAUCAGCCUCGUUAUGUACCACCAGCUGUCCGACUACCCACUCCAACUUCAACGUCUGUCUGCACACCAUCAGUGACAAGUUUGCAACCAGCUGCAGUCUUUCCUACGACGUCGGCCAACCAAAUGGAAAGUCAUCUUCGGGACUUUGAUGAUUCAACCCGCAUCAUUCCUCCUGAACAGGCCGCUGCCGCUUCAUAUUAUCAAGAAAAUUUGACUGCCGAUCUCGACGUUAUGAUGGCAACUCAGCCUGAGUUUUGCCUUUCAGCCGAAAAUCCGGUCCAGUAUGAAAUACCGUUUGUCGACGAGAGUGGUCUUCAAUUCGACCAGUUUUCCCCGAUCGGAUCCUUUUUGCGUGGUGACUUCAUCAGCGAGCUGUUUGAAGCCGAGCCAUUACCUAGAGACAGUCUAACAACAUCGAGCACGAGUGACGAUGCUUUUCCACCAAAUGAUGUGGCGGAAGAGGCUCUGUCGCAUUUACUCCCUGAUCGGCUCCAGAAAAUUCACCAAAAAGCGCUCAUGAAGGAGAAGAAGCUCGGCGAUUCGAUGGUGUUUCCUCUCAAACUACGCCACAAAGCAACUCAACAUUGCCGUGAGCUUCAGCUCUUAUUUCCAAAAGACGCUGCUUUGCUCAACUCAUUGGUCGAAAAUAAGAUUCAAUCGUUCGACGAAUUGAAAAACCUUGUUUUUUCAAUCGAACAAUUGAAUGAAGGCAGACAGCGCACGACCCUGGAAAUGAUCUGCAAAAGACAGCAAAAAGUCUUUACCGUCACAGAGAUUCAUCAAUUCAUCAAGAAAGCGCUCCUUCAUGAAUUGCGAACUGCACGCUUUGGAAGUCGGAUAAAUGGACUAUGGGAGAUCGAAAUCGGCUUUCCAAUCCUAAAAUACAAGCAGUGUGACAGAUGUGCUGACUACGUUUAUGUUGGAAGAGCCGGUGAUUCGAGCAAGAUCUACCAAAAACACCGCUCUUCGUGCUCUGGGAAGCUUUGCCAUGGAUGCCAAGAUACUUUCGGAUCGAUUGAAUCUUACAACAACCACUUAUCUUCGUGCUCGAGAGAUCAUGAAGUCGAGGUCAUUGUGAAAGAAAUGGAUCAGAGACACCAAAAGUUCCCAAACCAAUAUUGGAAAUGCUGCUACGAAUUGAAGAAUAAACUAGCAGGACUUCAAUCAAAUCAACAUCAUUCGAAAUGCCAACUUUCGAUUUGCCGAAAAUGCUGGAUUCGCGUCCCACGAGAGCAUCUUGAACUCCACGAAGAAACUCAUAUCGAUGUCAAUCAAGAUGACGUCGAUCAGCUGGAAACGACCGACUCUGGCAUGAAUCAAGGCGAUAUGUCUCCUCCGUCACAAGUGGCGCACUCUCAAGGUUCACUCGGCAAUGACGACCAAGCGGCAGAAUCUCAAGGAUCUCAAGAAGGACAAUCUUCAUCCAAAGCGGAAUCAAAGGCGCAAUCGUACCCUUCUGAUGCCUCAAGCGGCUUCAAAGCGAGCGUCAGAGAACCAUUGAUUAAAAAAGCUGAGGAAGAAGUCCGAACUGCUAUAAGCCUUUUGACGACGGCCGAAAAAAAUCGAUUGUUGUAUCAAUUCAUCGAUGGAAACUGCGCCUCAUCUGAAGUUGAGAGUCUUAAUGCACAACUGUUGCAAGCGUCAGCUUUUAAAACUGCGACUGCGAACUUGCCGAAAUCAGUCAAAACUCAGAUCAUCAAAAACCUGACGCCGUCGAAACCGAGCAAAAAAAUCCUCUCCGGGCUUUCGAAAUUCUUUGGAAGAAGACAGGAUAGAGUUCUCAAGAUGAAAAACGCGAAAAAUGAGGCCUAUCGCUCCAAGGAUCAAUUGCGAAAUGUCUCGAUGGAGCUUUUGAUCAACCUCGACCAAUUCUUGAAAAGCAACUCUUUCUGUGAUCCGAGCAAAAGGGGAUAUGUAACAAUCUCGACGAAAAAUGUGAAGGAUGAUACUAUCUUCGCGUUCUACAAAAAGAACUGUCACCUGACAAAAACUGCUAAGCGUGGUUUGGAGAAAUUCGAGUCUCCGCGAUUGGUGCUUGAAAAGCCGCUGAAAACGCUCUAUUUCUCAUUCCUCGCAGCGUUUCCUGAGUACGAACAUCUGAGUUUCAAGCAUUUCAAGGAUAUGUGCCCAUUCUACAUUUAUGAAGAACACGAUCGAAGCAGGCGAAUCUGUGCGUGUCUAAAGGAAAGGCACACCAACUUGAACAACUUCAUCGAUGCAAUCAACCGAAUCGGCGAGACAGCGCGCGCCAACGAGCGUCUCGGAGCUAUUGGUGCCGAACUAGCGACGCUUUCUAUCGAUGUGAUCCUGAACGAAUCGACAUGCCGUCUUGGGCCGAAUGCGACAACAAUUGUGGAUUGCAUCCGUAAUCGCAACGGAAGCUGUUUUCAACAUAUGAAGAAAACAACUGGAUGCUCGCACUGUCUUCAUCAAGAUUGCACAGGAGUAGACAAAUGGAUACAAGAAAAAAUCGAAAAUCACUGGGCGCCACUGAUCAAUGAGUACGGCUCGAUGAAAAUUGGAGUCUCCCGAUUCGAAUCUGUUGAUAAGGGUGACCCUCGCUGUAGUUUCAUCAGUGAGACUGAAGUUGGCAGCGGAAAAAUAACCGUCAAGGAAGUUUUUGAACACGUUCAAGCCCGAUUUCGAUCUUACCUGGAGCACUGGGUUGACAAGAAUGAAAACGAGCAAGAGCUGAAGACUCUCGACGAUAGCCCUGUCCCAGCUGGCGUUCUUCAAGUGGAGUCGGACUAUGCUUCGAAAACACGCUUGAAAGCCAAUACUGAAACUCAAAGUGCGUUUUUGUCUUCGGAAGGAAAUAUAAACGUCCUCACCUCCGUCGUCAAAUUCACCAUUGAUGGGAAGCCGAUGAAAUACUACUUUCACUUCUUUGCUUCUCACAAAUGCAAUCGAAACGUCAGAUACUCAGAAGGCAUCAUUCUGCAAGAGUUGCGACAGAGAGGCUUCACAUUUGACUCGCUGAUGCGCAUUUCCGAUAAUGCACCCAGCGAGUUUAAGAGCUACGAAAUCAUCAACCAGCUCAGGGACACUGAUGUGGAUAUUCCAACGUGUCUUGUCUACAAAACGCCCGUCCACGGAAAAUCAUCCGUGGACGGUGCGCACACCGCCGUCAAUAAUUAUCUGCGAAAGGCAACGCUUUACAAUCUGGCGAGCAAUAUACCGGAUGCCAUCAAAUAUUGCCAGGAGAGGGAGAGUGAAAAAGAUGAUGAACGCGACGAUAAAGAAGAAUUUCAGGGAAGAAUCUUCGCCCAGAUACCUUCUGAUCUCGUCGCAUCAAAACGUAACGAUCUAGUGCGAAUACCGUCGAUAUCUUCCGCUAGUAUGAUCAAGUUCGAGUCCGGAGUUUUCGACGUAAAAUCACACGUCUGUACCUGCGAGUUUUGCCGAGCUGGACGAAUUCACGACUCUGAAAGUGGAAAGCAAGUCGAAGUCACAAUCAAGAAAAAGCAGACAAUGAGCUUAAGAAAUGUGGCAAAAGAUGAACACAUCAUGAGCUACCGAUACAGGGAUGAUAUCACCGCCCUCGCCGACGAUUUCCUUUCAUCAAGAACGGAUCAGGAUACAUCAUUGAUCCUUGUGCCCGUUGUUACAAAACCAACAUCGACGAAUCAACUCCAUCAUCUCACGCUUAUUCGAGUGUGCAGCGAGCAGUAUGAGAUCCAGAUUCUUGACACUUCUCUGGAUAGAAUGGAUCAACGAGAGCGCCAUAGACUCAUCACUAUAAGCCACCGGAUUGCUGCAUUGAUUGAGUCAGAUGCUCCCCUGACAGAUUACGAGAAUUGGGAUAUUUCCUUUGCUAAAAAUAUUCCAUCGUCAAGUGAAUUCUGCGCUCCCUUAUUGCUCGAAAUAUGCCGUCAAGAACUCUCUCAGCAUCCGAAGCCAGUGGAGAUGGACAGUAUCCGAUCAAUCAUGACCGACCAAUUGAGACUCAUCGAUCAUCCGGUGCUAAAGCUGACAUCGUCUGAUGAUAAAGAAAAUGCAGAAGUUCCAAAACAACGCAAGCGAAAACUAGACUUUUCUAUGCCGUUCGGAUCAGUCGAAAAUCUCGCACCAAAAAGACGAAGUCAACGGCUAUCCGGUCAAGCUGAUUCCAUUAGGCGAAAUAUUCCAUCAAAAUCGACGUUUUCCGAACAAUCAACUUCAAGCACCGUUCACACUCCUGAUUUUAUGCAGGAAGAAACAAUCCUCAUGCAACCUUUGCGAGCGACACCGAAAAUUUCUGAUGCCCGGCGUGAACAUUUUGUUUCAACCUUAAAUGAUCUUUUCAUAGAAAAUUUACCGAUAGAGGUUGUAUCCAUGGAGACUCUCCGAUCAACAAUAAACAAGGAUCUAGAAGACAAGUUCACGGACAGCGAGAUUGACCACAUUCUUGAAGAAAUGCAAAGAAGAGAAGAAGUUCGAUUAGAAAAUAACGAUAUUCGUCUUGCAUAA